AUGCGGCUGUCGAUGUUGACAUUCAUCGUGACUCUGUCCAGCUUCGUGCAAAAGCAUGAUGCGUUUUCUUCUUCUACUAACUCUGAUAAGUCUCGGGUUACACCGCUGAUAUCCGACAUUGAACACUCGGCAAAUGUACCUGCGGAGCUAUUCAGUGGUUGGAAAGCCCAAGACAGCCAACAUCGCCGACUAAAGCCGUUAGAUCAAGUAAAUCCAGCCGAUCAUAGUAAAAAUGCCGCUAAAUCAAUAGAUGAGGAAGAUACAACAGGUGUGAAGGAGAGACUACCACAGCUAAAAUCCCAUCAUUCUGAAAAGAAACAGCGGAGAUUGGUUCAUAAAUAUCCGUUAUUCUCAGCACUGAAGAAAAAUGAUGUAAACGGGAAGUUAUCCAGCUCUAUAUGGUCGCCUUUAGCUCAUGGACUCCGACGGGCUGGUGUUACGGGAUUUAAAUGGAACAAGUUGUCGGCGUUGUUGAAGAGACGCAAUAAACCCUCCAAAAUUACACCAAUGUAA